GGAGCUCCCCGGGCCCGGCGCGGCCGGACCCGCGCACGCUCCGGAGGGAAAAUCCGCCGCUCCGGCCCCGAGUCGCUGCUGUUUAACGCGGCUGCGGCCGCGUUCGCACGGGAGAAGGCCCUGGCACCUUCUCGGCCUCUGGAUCCAUCUAUUUUAGUGCAUCUCUUUCAGCUCGCCAAAGUGCAAGAGCAUCUCAAUUUUUUUUAUUUUUUUUUUUUUUUUAACAACUGCUCUUGCCGUUCCCGUCAGCUUUUCUCCUCCAGAACUUCCAAUAGAACGGGAUAACGAGAAGCUGCCUCCUCUAGAAAAACUGCCUGCAAUAAGGCGAAGAUUUUUUUUGUUUUGUUUUGUUUUCUGAUAAGGUCUUAUUCGUGGUGCUUUUUUUCGUCGAGAAAAAAAUGACGUGACUUCCAUGGAAGUUUAAAUUUUCUGUUAGGACAAGCCUGCUGUUGAGCAGGUCCAGUUCUGUAUGAAGUCUCUUAGGGGGUUGGUUUUGAACUAUCAAAGAAUUGCAUUUGCCGUCAUAUGCGGAGUGAUACCCGUAGUCGUAGGGAAUGUUAUUCCUGUUUCCAGUGAUACAGGAACUUCAGCCUUACUGUCAUUCAAAGGAAACAUAUUUCUCGUCAUACAGUUUUAUCGAGAUUGUGCUUCGGGUGCUAUGAAUCUGCAGUCUUAGAGGAGUAUGCACCAGAUAUUUCUGUUGUACCUUCAAGGUGAUAGUACCUGAAAAAUUAAAUUCUAUUUAAUUAGUAGAUUUUUAAAAGAACAGCGUAUGCAUAGUACAUUUUUAGCUUUAUGCAUUUGCCGUACGGCUUUAGAAUGGCAGAGUACGAUGUGGCCGUGUUUUCAUGGCUUGUUUCUUUGUAUUUCUGCAUUAAGGUGUACACAUGUCAAAAGCGAUUUGUCUGAAUCAAUGUAUACGAAACUCAGGAAUAUGUAGUCAAAUAUUAGAUUAUUGUUUUGGUAGUAGAUGGUAGCUUAAAUGAGAUGUGAAAAUAAACAUUUUAAAAGUUUUGAGAAACGUUUUGCAAAUUGAUUUUGUAAUUUACGUAAACUAUUCUCAUUGUUGUAAUUAACAUUUAAUUUGUGGUACUGUAUUUGAGGAAGAGUAAUUUUGCUUUAUAUUAAAGGCUCGAAUAAAGCAAAUACUUAAAGAAGCGUAGAAGGUUCUUUAGCUAGAAAGUCACACUUCUUUAUGUCUUCGUGCUGGUGUAACAUUAUGCUUUUCUCAGGAGAGGGGCACAGCAAUAGCCAAGUGAUGAAUAGUCCUGGUAAUGGGUGCCAGAAUUAGUCUGUAAGUUUGGGAUUUUCUCUAGAAUAUCUCCAGUUAUGUGCAGCUUCAGUUCAGUGAACUGUUCGUGGCCCCCGUUUUUCUGCCCUGUGCUAUCCAGGAGAAUGGAAUUGGGAGGAGGUGGAGCAGUGAACAGGUCUAAGCUGCAGUCUGCUGCUGGUGGCUGCUUGCUCACCUGCAGUUUUCUGUGGGAUGUGCACAGGAUUAGGCUGAGGGUUCCUCCGUUUAAGUUUGGUGAGGAUGGUGUCGCUUAAGAGUGGGGGAUGUUGAUCUUCCCUUGCCAUGCAUGUGAGCCUUAAGAGUUUUGGGUUAAAAGGUGCUCAGCGUAGGUGGAGUCUUUGAGAAACGCUGUUAAUUAAGGUGUGAAGAGUCUUUAGUUGGCACCUGUGAAACUCAUUGUUUUCUAAAGUGUAGGGCUCAGCUGAAUUUGGGCGAGUUUCCACACAAAGGGAACAGCACUUUCCAGAUAAUCAAGGCAAUAAUCAGGGCAAUUCUCCAGUUUCAGGCGUUACAAUGGACAGUGUAAAUAUUCACGAGGAAAAUCGAACUGUCUCAGUGCUCUCGUUCUCCAAUUCCUGUAUUACUCUUUCCUGUCUGCAUUUUGACUUGUACCUGCUUCCUUGAUCGUGCCCACGAUUUCUGCUGCUUUUAUAACUCCUGCAGCCUCUGACAUGUACGUACAUAGGACAGCACAGGCCAGCCUUUCCUUGCCACUGGCGUUUUUUUCCUGUGUUGCCACAUCUCUUGCCCAUCUCUGCAGCUCACCAGUAAUUGAUUUUCUGCUCGGCAUCAAUAGGGGGCAGUUUGUUUUUUCAUCUCUUCUGUGCUAAAAGGAAAUCGGUGCAGCUGGUAAAGAGAGCAUGAGUUGAGUAGUGUGUUCCUGUACUUUUGUGUCUCAAAAGAUCCCAAAAGAUGGAAGGAAGGGUUUUGCGUAGCUUAUGGAUCCCUAAGAGUGUGAUCCAAACAGAUGGAUCCUCUUCUUGAAUCUGAGCACAGGUAUUGUUCUGAGUCUGAGGGAGGUGCCUCUCCAUGGGCACCACUUCUAGGGAGGAGGGGAAGGAAGCCUUGCAACCCAUCAUGGCACAGUGGGUAUUGUGGGGUUUUGCCUGUACCUAAGUCUGUAACUUACCUGCUCUUGGUUGUAUUUACUUAAGAGAGUAUGAUUUUGGUUCUCUCGCUCCAUGCACCAGCAACUGUUGAUCAGUUACUGAAAACCAAAUUGGAUUAAAUAAGUAAAUGCUUUUAGUGAUUUAGUCUGUUAAAAUUUUCAGGUUUACAAUGCGUUUUUAAUUGUAUAGUGGGGUUGUACUUUGCUCCACCAUGAUAAUAUUUGUUAAAUCAGUGAAGUUCUGGAUUUUGAAGGGAAUUUACAGUUCCAGCAACUUUUGUGAUUUUUUUCAAGGUUGACAUCAAAGUUAUACUUGAAAACUACAUAAACUUCCCUCAGUCUGUAUCUUACUGUCUUCAGAAUGUUUCCUUCUCUGUAGACUUCUCGAGUGGAAAAUUGUGUUACCUGCCCAAUGCCCUUGGACUUCAUUUCUGAUGACAGACUUUUCCAGAAUAGGAGGAUGGGUCCAUAUUUGCAAGUUAGUUGGUGUUGCCCAUAUUUUAAGUAUGUGCACGCUGAGCUAAUGUACUACACAGACUUUGACAGAAUGUAUUUAGAUGUACUGGUUUUCAAUUUACAUUUAUAAUGUGGUUUUGGCAAUCCAAUAGACUGCCCGUUCAGUUCCUGAAAUACAAGCCUGGCUUAAAACACUGCCGUUAACUGUCAUGGCUAAUGCUGAUACAUCUCUAAUGUAGUUAUCAGAUUACUAAUUAACUCCUAACCACACAAAAAAACCCACUCAAAAUUCCUUCUUUUGUUGGCAGUCUCAGUGGAUUUGCAGGAUUUGAAAGGGCAUGGCCAGGAUUAAUUUGUUUUGGUGAUGUAAAUAAGUCACUUCUGUGAUUGCUUGACAAUUAAGAAAGAAGUCUGUUUGACAGUAAAGUAAAACAUGGAUAGAAAUAGUUGGUCUCAGUUGCUUUCAGAUUUUUAGCCUUUAAGUAUUCACCUAUUCAGCAGAUGUUCCCAGUUUUAUUUAAAUCACUGAUAUAACUGGAGGGUUUAUGAUUUAAGGAUUAAGUAGCUCCCUGAAGUACUUGAGAAAUUAACUGUAUCUUUUUUUUUAAACUGCAAAUAGGCAUUAUUGUUUCUAGGAGUAAUUUGGAUACAAUUCUGACACGCAUCACCUGGAUACCUUUUUGAUAUAGACAGCAUUUUAGGUAUAUAUACACUUGAUGUCAAAAACAAACAGAAGCCAAUUUUUUUAAAAACACACAGUUUCAUCUGUUAAGUGCUUUAAAUACAUUUCUCACUUCAUGACUUUCAGGGUGAAACUUCACUGGAAUGAAAUCUUGUGCUUUCUCUCAUUAGUGUGCUGAAAAAUUAUUUUAAGUUCGGGUGGUUUUUUUUCAUCUUUGUCAAUCACAUUGUAAAUUUUUUUCAGAAAAUCAUAUAACCUACCAUAGUUUCAGGCUUUUCUUCCCUGAAUUUGCACUUUAUAAUUAUUUAUCUUUACUUUUUUUUACUCUUAAAACUCAAGUGAUUUAUUACCAGUUAGUCUACAAUAAGAAAAUGAGGUGGGGUUGUUUUUUUUUUUUAGUAAAGGUGUGCCUGAUCAUUAAUAAUACAGGUUUGGCCAGGAGAGAAGAAAUGUGACUUAGCUUUGAGCAGGGAAUAUCACCUGAGUUGACAGAAACUUGCUGGCCUGUUUUGGUAGGUAGACAAUGUUAUUAGCUCAGAUAAAUCGAGACUCUCAGGGAAUGACUGAAUUUUCUGGAGGAGGAAUGGAGGCCCAGCACGUGACUCUGUGUCUAACAGAAGCUGUAGCUGUGCAAGGUGAACCUUCAGAUGGGGACAACUUAGAAAACAUGGAAGGUGUAAGUCUGCAAGCAGUUACCCUGGCUGAUGGCUCCACUGCUUACAUACAGCACAAUUCUAAAGAUGGUAAAUUAAUGGAUGGCCAAGUAAUUCAAUUAGAAGAUGGUUCUGCUGCUUAUGUUCAACAUGUACCUAUGCCUAAAAGCAGGGACAGCUUGCGCCUGGAAGAUGGGCAGGCGGUUCAGCUGGAAGAUGGAACUACGGCAUUUAUUCAUCACACCUCAAAAGACAGUUAUGACCAGAGUGCAUUACAAGCUGUCCAGCUGGAGGAUGGAACCACUGCCUACAUCCACCACACGGUGCAAAUGCCACAGUCAGACACCAUUUUAGCCAUUCAGGCUGAUGGCACAGUGGCAGGUCUUCACACAGGGGAUGCUGCCAUCGACCCAGACACCAUCAGUGCUUUGGAGCAAUAUGCAGCCAAGGUGUCUAUUGAUGGAAAUGACAGUGUCAGUGGCACAGGAAUGAUAGGUGAAAAUGAACAAGAUAAAAAAAUGCAGAUUGUCCUGCAAGGACAUGGAACAAGAGUGACUGCAAAAUCUCAGCAGACUGGAGAGAAAGCCUUUCGCUGUGACUAUGAUGGUUGUGGCAAACUGUACACAACAGCUCAUCAUCUGAAGGUGCAUGAAAGGUCACACACAGGAGACAGACCGUAUCAGUGUGAACAUCCUGGAUGUGGCAAAGCCUUUGCAACAGGGUAUGGGUUAAAAAGUCACGUUCGAACACACACGGGUGAAAAGCCUUAUCGGUGCACAGAAGAAAAUUGCACUAAAUCAUUCAAGACUUCAGGAGACCUGCAGAAACAUAUUCGAACCCACACAGGUGAAAGGCCCUUUAAGUGUCCCUUUGAAGGAUGUGGCAGGUCAUUCACAACGUCUAAUAUUAGAAAGGUUCACAUCAGGACACACACAGGCGAAAGGCCUUAUUACUGUACAGAGCCGGGAUGUGGGAGAGCCUUUGCCAGUGCAACUAAUUAUAAGAAUCAUGUGAGAAUACACACAGGGGAGAAGCCCUACGUUUGCACAGUUCCUGGUUGUGAUAAACGUUUUACAGAGUAUUCCAGUUUAUACAAGCAUCAUGUUGUACACACUCAUUCCAAACCCUACAACUGUAAUCACUGCGGGAAAACCUACAAGCAGAUUUCUACUCUUGCUAUGCACAAGCGGACAGCGCACAAUGACACUGAGCCCAUUGAGGAAGAACAAGAGGCUUUCUUUGAGCCACCUCCAGGUCAAGGUGAAGAUGUUCUCAAAGGCUCCCAGAUAACCUAUGUGACAGGGGUGGAGGGAGAAGAUGUAAUUUCUGCACAGGUUGCUACAGUUACUCAGUCAGGAUUAGGUCAACAAGUGGCACUAAUAUCCCAGGAUGGAACCCAACAUGUCAACAUAUCCCAGGCAGACAUGCAGGCCAUCGGCAAUACUAUCACUAUGGUGACACAAGAUGGCACCACCAUCACCAUCCCUGCCCACGACGCCGUCAUCUCUUCUGCAGGAACACAUUCCGUGGCGAUGGUUACUGCAGAGGGCACUGAAGGACAGCAGGUUGCCAUUGUGGCUCAAGACUUAGCAGCAUUUCACAGUGCCUCCUCAGAAAUGGGACAUCAGCAACACGGGCACCAUUUAGUGACUACAGAAACUAGACCUGUUACAUUGUUGGCUACAUCCAAUGGGACACAAAUUGCAGUACAGCUUGGAGAACAACAGUCUCUGGAAGAAGCCAUUAGAAUAGCCUCCAGAAUACAGCAGGGUGAAACACCAGGGAUUGAUGAUUAACUUCUAAAACUGCUACCAGAACAAUAGAGUGAAAGCUAUUUUAUUUUCAAUCAGCAAAGGUCCAUGCCAGCAGCAAACCAUAAAAACUUUGAAGUCACCCACUCACUGAUACUAUGUACACAUUUUAUGCAAGAGUGAAGAACAUUUUCUAAGUUUUGUGUACAUAACCCUUGGAAUGGACUGACAUCAUCUACUUCCAACCGUUGUAUUCAGGAAUAUGGAAUUAGGAUUAUAUAGUAAACUUCCUUGUUAUCCUUUCAUCAGAUUUCAGACUGGUCUACAAGCAAGUGAAAAAUAGAAGUAUUGGAAUUAAUUUUUAAUGUCAUGUACAAAUAAUGAAGGCAUUACUGAAGAUUUCAGAUGUUUAAAUCACCAUUUCAGGAACCCUUACAAAUAAUAAAGGCAAUAAAGCCUUUUAAAUUGCAUUCCAUCAAUGGAAAAGUCUUGGAUUUUGAGCCUACUACUGUAAAUCUUCGUAUUUUGAUUUGUUUCAUACAGAUUUGAAUACUCUUUAGAUUAUCUACCCCAUCUCAUUCAUUGUAAAUACGGACUGUUAAUGCUGGAAAUGCUAAUUAUAUUAUCUUUAAAUUGGAUUAUGUACAAAGGACAAACUGGUUGUUCAAUAUUAAAGAAAGUAAAUCUAAUGGUUUUGUUUCUUUACAUAUUUUACUUAAGAUGUUACUCUCAGAUUAUUAUGCAAUAAAUAUAGCAAGAUUGUAUUGUUUAGGUAGGAUGAUAUUGUCGUGUGACGUAUUGUUUUAUUUCCUAAUGAGACUGAAGUUCAGAUUAUUUAUUUACGGCCUUGUAUAAAUUUUUCCAAAAUUUAUUUAUCAUAAACUUAAUUUUUUGACGUAUUAAUUUUGAUCAUAAUCCACUACAGUGUGUUAAGUAAUUAGUGGUAAUAGUUAUUUCAAACAUGCUAAAACACUACAAGAAUGACUUUGACUAAAAAGUAAAGUUGCCCGUUUUCAAGAGAAAUAUUUUCAAAUGGUGCAUUUGCAGCAUACACAUAAGUACUAAUAGUCUAUUUUCAACAGUUCUGAAUGCCUGCUGCUACCAUUCAGUACCUAGGAUAUGCUGAUAAUGAGUGCUUUUGAAAAUCAGGACACAAGUUACUAGAAAAAAGGGAUUAAUUAAUGAUGAUGUAAGUACAAUGCUCGUCUCCAGUGAUCAUUCUGUAAAGGAACAAAAAAUUUGUUGUAGAUAUGUCUUAACACAUACAGCAAAAUGUAACUUUUCCUUUUCUUUUAAUAUGAAAAGGUGUUUCUACUCUUGUCUUGUUAGUAAGCUGGUUAAGCAAGUUAAAAUUUUUUGACUUCCUGUAAGUUCAGUGUUUAUUUUAGAUGAGUGUCAAGAACACUUCUGAAACCGAAGCCUCAUUUUUUUUCCUUCUCAAAGGAAGGAUUAAACAUCCUCUGGACAAAGUCUUUAUCAAGUAAUCACAAGUGUUGUGAGAUGCACAUUCUACAUGAAAAAAUAAAGUCCAUAACUCCAUACUUUGAGGUAUUUGACCUCAAAAAGGCCAAAUUUGAAUAGAAUUAAGCUAAUUAAUUGUGAAUUACUAUAUCAGUGUGGGUUGCAGCCUUUUAUGUUUUCUAUACAGAGGCCAACUGUAAAGUACAGUGAGAGAAUACUGUACUGUGGGAUAGAUGGGGACAAAGCAAAGACUAUUCUCUGGAUCCAUUAGAGAGUACAACUUGGAAACCAUUAGGCUGUCUGUAACUUUUGUAUGGGAUUGAGGCUGCUUGCUCACUUAGGUGCCAGUUUUCCUGAAGUGUUGUAAAUCUUGAUAUCCCAUGGAGAUAAAUGUACUAUGCAAGGAGGAUUAAUUGCCUGUCAACUAGACCAGUUUCUUAGUACUUAUCACCUUUUAGAAAUUAAAGUUGUAUCAUUUGACAUGAACGUUCAA